CGAGUGCUAAAAACAAAGGAGACCAAAGGUACACAGAGUCAUGUCUUGCACAACUCACGCAAGAUGAAGGUUAAGAGACAACAAUGGAUAUUGAAAGACUACUAUGCUUACUUUCAUUCAGAACUGAUAGUGUUGGAGGAUAAUUUGGCUACUGAUUUUUUGUUUGCCUCGAUUGUGCAUGAGGAUCAUUGGUGGUGUUACAUUGUUAAUUUUCAAGAGAAGUUGUUUGUGUUGGAUUCAGUUGGGCAUUCAAACAAAAACCGUAAAACAAUAGACAACGCUGUUGCUCAUAAUUUGAAAUUGCUUUUUGGGAUGUUGAUGAAAUGUUUAGAUGAUGACCAACCAAAAUUUGAAGUUCAAUGCGACAUAACUCUGAUUCAACCCAACUUAUAUGAUUGUGGUGUUAUUGUUCUUAAAGUGAUGGAGUUGUGGGAUGGUCAUAAGAAAUAUGAUGGCAAUAGCAUGCCUCAUUACACCAAUAAAGAACUACAACAGAUAAGACAACAAUACAUUUGGGAUUGGAUUCUAGAUGUUGACAACAUCCACAAGCAUGACUUCCUUCAAUACUACGACGUAUUUGUUAAAAGUUAGUUGUUAUCGAAGUUCUUUGAUGAUAUUGUAAAGCACUUCCCAGAGCAAAAUUCUGGAUUUAAGAUGAAUGAAAUAAAGUGCAUGUAGUGGUGUCAAUUAAUUUGAGUGGAGUGUGAUAUUUUGGUAAAGUUAUUUAUUUUGUUGACUAAAAACAUAUGGUAGAUCCCCUGAUUUUUUGUAAUGGGUGCCCACAUGAACGACAUAGGUGUUGCUGAAGUUCGGUUGAAUAUUAAUUUGGAACUUUGUUGUUCA